AUGAACCAACACUCCGAUGCGGCACCAUUGGACGAGGAGCUUCGGGCGGGCUUGGUGCCAUAUGUGUGUGAUCAGGACAAGUUCUUCCUGCCAAACACCACACUUGACUCAAUCUUGCAGUAUGACAAGGUAUACCGCAUUCUCGAGCGGUUUCAAUUCAACAAACCUGAUUUUGUCGUAGCAGCCGCGCAAUAUGUGUUUGGUGCGGAGAACGUUCGAGGCCGAGAGGGCCACAAACCAGCCCGGAAGAUCUUCGCCGUCCUGGCUCUCCUGGGUAAAGUAUCCUCAAUAUCAGGUUUCAUGGCCGACAGAAUUUGUGAUGACGACUUACCUCUUUUGCGACAUAACGAGGAGGGUGCCAAUUUUGACUUGGUGAGAACGAUUGAUGGCAAGAAAAGAGACAUAUCAUGUUUUGAUGGGUGGGAGCAGAGAGACAUUCAGCAAUUUGACAGCUAUCAGUGGUACAUGCUAUCGCCAUCCUUCAUCAUGGAAGAUGGCCGGGCAGCAUUCUAUAAAAUUGACAACAGGGCUAUAUUCCCGUGGCUGGCGUAUGAGGACGCCGUUAGUCAGUCGGGUUUCUCUGUCGUCAGAAAGGAAGGGGACUCAUUUGCCCUGAAGGAGUUAACUUCCGAGAACAGAGAUGAAUUUGAAUUAGAGGUUGACGCCCUGCAAAAAGUCAAGUCAAACCCGCACCUUGUCACUCUUUUCACGAGCUAUGAGUAUCGGCAACGGUACUAUCUGCUCUUUGGUUGGGCUGAAGGGGGCAAUCUUUUUGACCUAUGGAUGCAACACAAUCCGUGCCCCAAGUUCGAUCGCACUCUGGUUCUCUGGCUAGGUGAGCAGUGCUUGGGAUUGGCAGAGGGCUUGCAUAGAAUACACAACACGCAAUUGUCCUUCCCGCACGAGCCGGAGCAUACAUUGGCGGUCCCGGAUCUCAAAGGUGGCCCAGACGACAAAACCUGUGGAAGACAUGGUGACAUCAAGCCUCAAAACAUUCUUUGGUUCAAGCACGAGCCGAACAAGUAUGACCACGGCGUCCUCAAAAUUUCUGACUUUGGGCUCGCAAGGUUUCACAGCCACAUGACUACAAAAGUCUCGCCGGUUGGAAUCCCCGUAUCACAAACAUACAAAGCUCCAGAGUUUGAAUUGAACGAGCCUAUUUCCCGUCCCUAUGAUGUCUGGUCACUGGGCUGCUUAUACUUGGAGUUUAUCACGUGGUUGGUUCUUGGGUGGGAUGGGGUUUAUGAAUUUUCUUCCAAAAGGACCCAGGAGCAAGACUGCCGGGUCAAAUUUCGCCAAGAUACGUUUUUCAAUCUUUGGAGACAAGAAGGGGGACAGGAAGAAUCAAAUCCUGGCUCUGCAACGGUAAAGGUUGCUGUUAGAGAGUGGAUAAAUUCUUUAGCCCCAGCAGAUAGUCGCUUUCUUUGCGACUUUCUUCGAUAUGUUGAGAACAACAUGGUCAUCUUGGAUAAAGGCAAGCGGCACACAACUGCUAAAGUGCGACAGGAAUUGAAGGAGAUGUACCAGCGCUGUCUGAAUGAUCCGGCGUACUGCUUCUCAUCAACCUCGGUGUACCAAACAGGCCGGGUUGAAAAGGCUCAUCAAACGAUGGACAGAGCUCCUACUGCAGGAGUGAAUGUGCCAAUGGUACAUGUCCAUCCUGUGGAAGAAGCAAACUCUGCCCCGACAAAUGGGGUGGCAACGAAGAGGAAACUAGACACCUUGAGCCCGGAAGAGUCCGGUUCUGACAACCCAAGAAAGCGCAACCAUUGCAAUUAA